CAGUUACAUACCUACCUAUUAAAGACGUCCAAUAAUCUUGGGCUCAACCCCUCGAAACCAAGACCUUUGCGCUCGGACAAGUUUGAAACCAACAGUUAAUACCUAGCUCGAUACAAUGCGCGUGCCUCGCGCAUUCCUCUCUUUACCACCUUCGCUUCUCCUCCUGCUCGCCGCCCAGCUCCAUGCACACGCCGAUUCCAAGAUCAACAACAAAGAUGAACUCCAGACGCUUCCUACCGCCGUGCGCAAGAUGUCGCUGGAUGAAGGCGAGAAGUUUAUGCCCGAGUACUACGCCUUCGCACCUGCCGAUUUCUAUGUAGAAGGGGCCCAAGCACCAAUGAGACUCGAAGCCCGGGGGGAAGACACUCUGGUGCUGACGCCCGAGGAAGAGGCGCUCCUUAUGGGAAACAGCUCAGCUACGCUCGUGUUCAGGCCCCCGUUCCCCCGACACUAUUACUACGAGAACAACGAAGCAAGUAGUAGCAUAAGAAGUAGUGGAAAGAACAGACGGCAUGCUGAAGAUCAGCGGAGGCAAUCAAGCCUAGGCUCAUGGUCUCUCUACCGCCGGGCAAUAGAUGUAUUGGCUCGCCUUCAGGGUCGAGAUUUCAAUUGUCCUAGCGGCACACACGUCUGCUCAAACAUCAACGAGCCGAACUACUGCUGUACCGACGGGACAACAUGCUUCGUAGUCGAGAACGCGCCAGAUGCAGGAAAUGUAGGGUGUUGCCCGGACGGUCAGAAUUGCGGCGGUAGUGUCGCCCAAUGCGCGGACGGGAACACGGCUUGUCCUGCCGACGAAGGCGGCGGUUGUUGUAUUCCGGGCUUUGUAUGUGCUGACAUCGGCUGCGUGCAAACGGUUUCGUCAACAACUUCGACAACCUCAAGAAGUACAGCGAUAACGACAACGACCACCCCGACGAGUGCGAGCACGCCAACAACCUCGUCGCAAUCCACGACAUCAACACCGACAAUGACAACAACGACAUCAGAAGAGGAAUCCACCUCCGCCAGCGGCACGGGGCUCCCACCUGUGCGACCCACGAGCUCAACUCCAACUACAACGGGGAAUAGUGAUUACUGCCCAACUGGGUUCUACGCCUGUGUGGCAUCGGCAGGAUCAGGAUGCUGCCGUACAGGACGAGACUGUAGCACCACGUCCUGCCCACCCGUGGCGAGCACUACUAUUGAGACCAAUGGCGCUACAGUCGUAGUGCCUUUGACAGAUGCGCAAGUAGCGCCUACGACGACCGCGACAUGUGCCAGCGGGUGGUUUCUCUGCGGUGCCAACGCGGGUCCCGUGUCCGGAUGCUGUCCAAGCGGAUACAUGUGUGGGACAGCCAGCUGCACACUCUCUGCCGCAACCGCCACCGCGACGGUGCAGAAGGAAAUGCCUGGAAAUGCGGCUGGCGGAUGGAGGGUGAUGAGGGGAGAGGGGGUCAUGUCUCUUGCUAUCGUGGCUAUAGGUUGGCUCGUUCUCCCUUGAACUCACAGAUGAUGAGAUAGUUUUUGGAUUUGCGUUUUAUCACUUGGCCACCUUGCUUGCAUCUUCCGGCGCUGGUUUCAUUACAAUUUAGAACUCGACAUACCCCCAUCGCAUAAGCGGAUAGAAUUCUACCUUAUUCAUAUGAGCACGAAUGAGCUUACGACUUGAUUGAUUCAGAUAGAUGGACGCAUAUACACACGAUACCUAUGGACAUGUGUGAGGUAGGCGCAGACCUAGUUAUCUCGGGACUCAAGAUUUCCUUAUAUUGUCGAUCGAUUGAAAGAACUAGAUAGGUAGCCUCACAGUCAUACUGUAUAUGAUGAUUCAGUUACGCCACACCUCUCU